ACUAUAUUUAUUUUUAACCGAACCUAGAGAAUGUAUUAUUAGUUAAUUUAGUUGGCCAGUAUGGCGGAUGAAAACACUGAAACUUGUGAAGAUGAACAAAAUACUACAAUUACAACGAAAUCAUUAGUUACACCGGAACAAAUAUUAAAUGCAUCGGUGAAUCGGAAACGGCGUAACAUUACCAAAAAACGCUCACAAAGUUCAGGCUCAAAUACUCGAAUUGUGACACGUGAUAAAACUCCAAUACGUGAAACAAAACCACCAACGGAGGAUGUUGAGGCAGUUGAAGAUGAUCAAUGUAAUAGACUUCUCUUAGACGAUUCGUCGACCGACAAAGAAAGUAUUGAGAAAUCAACAGAAAAUGAUGAAAAAUCUAAAGAAAAUGAUGAGAAAUCUAAAGAAAAUGAAAAUUCUGUUAGUGUUAGGCCGGCAAGACCAACUCGUAGACGCAGUCGUGAAAUAAAUAAAACUGAUUUAAAAAAUGACAAUCAACAAUUAAAUAAAAAUGAAACUCAACAAAACAAUCAUCAAAAUUCAAGUAUCGCUGAGAAAUCAUUACAAAAAAAAGAACCGUCAAGUGAUGUAUUACAAUUAUUAAAUACAGCCAAAAGAAGUUUAUCACAAUCAAAAGCCGAUUCACGUUCCAGAAAGCCAACUGUUGAAAAGAAAGCGAUCAUCAAACGAAGCCAAUCCACUCCACGUGAAAUAAUAACAUUCGAUGAUGCUGAUUUAAUUGAAAGUUUUAAAAAAGCACAACGGUUGAGUGCAGAAGUUGGUACUUCCAAACUUGGAUAUCCUUCAUCAAUAUCCUCGUCAUCAUCACGUGAAACACUAUCAACCGAACACAAUUCAGAAGAAGAUGAACAAACUAGAUUAGAAAAUAAAUUAAAAUUAUUACAACAACAAUCUGAAUUAAAAGAAAAGUUAAAAUUAAUUAAACAGGCACAAAGUGAAAAGCAAUCAUUACAAGAUCAAACACAAUCAAUUCAAGGAACUGAUAAAACGCAAAAGCGUAAAAUAUUUAGAAAUUUUAUAAAAGAGGCUUGGUCUACAUGGAAAGAAUUUUUAAUUGACAAUCAAGACGAUUAUCGAAUAAUAAAUUCAUUACGAAAUCGUUGUCUUGGUCAUAUUAUGACAAUGUUGAUACUUUGUGGUUUAGGUGCCUUUAUAUUUCGUUUUACGGAAGGUGCUUUUGAGAAUUUUUAUAAAUGUGGUGUGAAACGUGUUAAACGUGAUUUUAUUGAUACGUUAUGGUUGUCUAGUCAUAAUUUACGUGAAGAUGAUUGGAAAUCAUUGGCACGUAGAAAAUUAAUGGAUUUUGAGGAACAAUUACAUACCGCUCAUGAAGCUGGUAUGCACUCAUAUAGUGGACAACGAUCAUGGAGUUUUUUAAAUUCGAUUGUAUAUUGUCUGACUAUAGUUACCACGAUUGGAUAUGGUCAUAUAACGCCUGCCACAACUACUGGUCGAGCAAUUACAAUCAUUUAUGCAAUAUUCGGUAUUCCAAUGUUUCUGAUUUUGCUGGCAGAUUUUGGCAAAUUAUUUACUCGAUGUAUUAAAUUUGUAUGGGCAUUUGUAAGAAGAUUAUAUUACACGGGGAGCUGUCGAAAAGUUCGAAAAAAUGAAAAUUUACAGGACGUCAUGAAGGGAGUACAAAUGGUAUAUGAAAUAGCGACAUUCCGGCGUCCAUCACAACUGAAUACACCCAAUACACCAGGUGGUGAAAAUACACCAUGUACACCAGCCCCAUCAAAUUUUGCCGUAGAUGAUGAAUUCAAUUUACCAGUUUCGGUGGCCAUAUUUAUUUUACUUUUAUACAUUGUUUGUGGUGCUCUCAUAUAUUGGAUGUGGGAGAAUUGGAGUUUCUUUGAAUCGUUUUAUUUCGUUUUCAUAUCAAUGUCCACGAUUGGAUUUGGUGACUUUGUACCACAACAUCCAAUGUAUAUGAUGGCAUCCAUACUUUAUUUAGUAUUUGGCUUAGCAUUGACAUCUAUGUGCAUAAAUGUUGUACAAGUGAAAUUAAGUGACACAUUUAGACAAGCAUCGGCUAAAAUUGGGGCAACCAUUGGUCUAGCAAUGGCUGAGGAUGACGGUAGCAUAACUCAACAACCUCAAACAGAACUAGCUGAAGUUCAUACCGCUGCUAAAAAAGAAACCAAAUUUGACAGUUAAAACACACAUCAAGUUAUUAUUUAAAUAUAUAGUCUAAUUAACAAGCACCAUUUUGGGACGAACCUAUUCUAUUUCCCGGAAAAUUAUGAUCAAAUCAUUUAAUUCAACAUUAUUCAAACAAUUUAAUAACAACAAGUGAAA